AUGCUACCUAUUCGCGCAAUCAUGCACCAUCAUUCACCAAUCACAAAUGUCCAACGCAUACAACGAAUAUACUCUGGUCCAUCCAAGUUCACACAAAUGAACACUUCAAAAGCAAUUUACGAGUCCCCAUUUUUUCCCAACGAACCCACUAGGCCAGGUAUAAAGACAGCUAUUCCAGGCCCUGAGGGUAAAAAGGCUGUAGAGAAAAUGAAUAGGUUUAUGGAUUGCCGAAGCGUCAAUCUGAUUAUUGACUACCAAAAAAGCUUAGGUAAUUAUAUCGCAGAUGUAGAUGGGAACUAUUUGCUGGAUGUAUAUGCUCAGAUUGCCUCUAUUCCAGUUGGAUAUAAUAACCGAGCUCUUUAUAAAGCUGCCUUCACCAAAGAAAUGGCCACUGCAAUUAUCAAUCGUCCGGCGCUCGGAGUGUACCCUUCAGAAGAUUGGGCAGAAACCGUCGCGUCCAGCAUUCUCAAAGUUGCGCCUUCUGGGCUGAACCAAGUUUUCACUGCACUAGCUGGAUCUGAUGCCAAUGAAUGUGCCUACAAGGCUGCUUUUAUGUUUCGCCGUCAACAGGAGCGAGGAGGAGCCCAUGUUGAGUUUUCCGAAGAAGAAAUUAGAUCGAGCAUGCUGAACCAGGCUCCAGGUGCUCCUCAUCUCUCCAUAAUGUCAUUUAAGACAGGGUUCCAUGGCCGGCUUUUUGGCACCCUCUCUACUACCCGCUCAAAACCCAUUCAUAAGCUCGAUAUUCCAGCUUUCGAUUGGCCACAAGCUAAUUUUCCCCAGCUGAAGUAUCCACUGGAAGAUAAUAUUUUCGAGAAUAAGAGAAUUGAAGCUGAGGCGUUAUCAGAUGUUGAGAGAAUCAUCACUACUUAUCAUUUACCACCCUGCGCUGUAAUUGUUGAGCCCAUUCAAUCCGAGGGCGGCGACAAUCAUGCAUCACCAGACUUUUUUCGUGGCUUAAGAGCCUUGACUAAGAAGUAUAAUGUGCUCAUGAUUGUAGACGAGGUACAGACUGGCAUUGGGGCGACGGGAAAAUUCUGGGCACAUGAACACUGGAAUUUGGACACGCCCCCCGACAUAGUCACCUUUUCAAAGAAAGCUCAAACAGCUGGCUAUUAUUAUGGAAACGUAGAGCUACGCCCCAAUCAAGCAUACCGUCAGUUCAAUACAUGGAUGGGUGAUCCUGCAAGAACGCUUCUUUUCCGCGCUAUUAUAGAUGAGAUUGAGAGACUGGAUCUCGUUAGAAAAACAGCGAAAGUUGGAGAUUACUUGUAUAGCGGAUUCCAGGUAUUAGCAUCAAAAUAUCCAAACGAGGUGGUAAAUUUAAGAGGCAAAGGCCAGGGUACGUUCAUUGCGUUUGAUAGUCCUAGGAGAGAUAUAAUCUUAAAAAAGGCUAUGGAGGUUGGAAUCAAUAUGGGGGGGUCAGGUCAAAACGCGAUUAGGUUGCGGCCGAUGCUCAUCUUUCAGAGGCAUCAUGCUGAUAUCCUACUAGAGGCUAUUGAGAAAAUUAUCAAGCCUUAG